AUGGAAAAUUUCCAGACUGUGGACAAAUCACGUAUUGCUUUAUUAUUUACGGAAUUCGUGAAUAAGGAUUAUGGUGAUGUCAUUGGGAGUCGCCUUCAAUCAAGUGAUACUGGGAGAGGAGAACAAUGUGCCUUUUCCUUGGUUGUUAAUUUUUCUAGCCUCUGUGAGUUCAGUAGUAUUCUCUCUCGACAUCUUUUGUCUGCACCUAUGGACACUUUGUCUACAUUCAAUGAUACACUGAGUUGCAUUAUUGCGGAUCAUACUGGCAAUAGCAAAUUCUCCCCAAGAUGUACAGUGCGCGUUGUUUCUCUGCCUCCCAUAUCAGAGGUCUUCCGUCAUGUUAUGCCAAAAUCGGACGACUUUGGACGCUUCCUUGCUUUGCAGUGCACUGUUACUCGUGUUGGUGCAAUCCAAGUUGUGGAAUUGGAGAGGUCCUACUCUUGCUCGAAAUGCGGGCACACAGUUAAGGCUGAAGCUGAUUUUAACCAGUUCUAUACAAUAUCUCCACCACGACGCUGCCCUAAUUUUGCUGUGAAGUGUAACUCAACGUCAUUCAAUGUGGUUGUCAAGGGUGGCUCGUCACCGCUUCACAGCUUUCAAGAGAUCCGUGUUAAUGAAAGACUCAGUUACUUAGCUGUCGGGAGAAUGCCCAGGUCCAUGGUUUGUUGCCUUGAUGGCGAAUUAGUUGACACUGUUCGACCUGGAGACGACAUAAUUAUGAAUGGUAUCCUUACUCACCGGUGGCGACCUCCAAAAGUUGGGUCACUCUGUGACAUAGAGACUGUAUUUCGUGCUAAUUCGAUUGAAAACCUAUCUGAAAUGCGUUUCCAUGGAGAGUUGGGUGGAGACAAUUUUACUCAGGAGAUGUGUAGGCGUUUCAGCAAUUACUGGUCACUGGCAAAACAUAAGGGGGAUUUCGGGGCAGCUUUGCGCCUUCGUGACGAAAUCGUAAAAAGCAUAUGUCCAGAUGUUUACGGUCUCUACUUUGUAAAGUUGUCCUUGGCUCUUGUUCUUGUUGGAGCACCGCCGUGCUUGGACAAGUCUGAUUACGGUGAAGCAGAAGGCGAGAAAGUAGGUGAUAUGAUUAAGGACGGCGGGACGGAUUUUCGGGUGCGUGGGAGCAUUCAUUUACUGUUGAUUGGAGAGCCGAGCACGGCUAAGUCGGCGUUGCUGCGUGCUUCUUGCCGGCUGGCAGGUCGAGCAAUCUUUACAGCGGCGACGGGCAGCACAGCUGCGGGACUGACGGCGGCAGCAGUGCGAGAUACCUCAGGGUGGGCGCUGGAGGCGGGCGCCCUGGUGCUUGCUGAUGGCGGUGUCUGUGCAAUUGAUGAGUUCACCAGUCUCCGUGGGGCUGACCGUGCCGCUGUGCACGAGGCCAUGGAGCAGCAGACCGUCUCCUUGGCCAAAGCGGGCCUCGUAACUCGACUCAACUGCCGUUGUGCCGUCAUCGCGGCCUCUUCCUUACCUGCCGACGCCGAACACAGCCCCAAUCUCCUGCCUACUCCUUUGCUGUCGCGAUUUGACCUCGUUUGGCGCCUUCUUGAUCCCGUUGGCUGCGAGGCUUGGGACUCUGCUGUUGCUGAUCAUGUGCUUGGCUUUAAGGCAGCAGGUGAAGACAGGAAUGACAUCUCAAAGAGCAAACUUAGGCGAAUAACUUGGACAACCGAAGAGUUGCAAAAUUACAUAUCCUGGGUUCGGGGAGAAUUCCAACCUCGGCUUUCGAGCGGUGCGGCGACCCUGCUUCAACGUUACUACGAACUGCGCAGGCGCACACUACAGCUAAUGCAUGGGAAGGAAGAGAACCAAGCAGUAGCCGGCAGGACGACUCUGCGUCUUCUUGAAAGCCUCGUCCGUCUGACUCAAGCUCAUGCCCGUUUAAUGGCUCGCUGUGUCGCUGUUGUUGAGGAUGCUGUCGUGGUGAUCUGGCUAAUGGAUAGCUCCUUCCAAUCAACUUUCGGUCGCAGCGCCUCGGCUAUUGAAGUGAGUGGAUGUUGUUUGAGCCCUGAGGAGACGGUCAAACGCCACAAUGUGGAACAUGGCUUCGAAGAAGUCCUUGAUGUUGUCUUCGCACAACUCAACCUAGAUCCUCUAGACAUCGACUCUGAGUGGUUUGGCUCUGUCUCUUCUACGAAGCCGGAAUUCCAACCCAUAUGUAUGUCCACUCAGGUGAAUGGUCAAGGCACAAGCAAACAGCGGUCCCCCAAAUCCGAAGUACUGUCUGGUGGUGCUUUAUUCUCUAUUGGUAGUGUCGAGCCCUGUGAUAAACUGAAUGUAGCGGACAAGAGCUUUAGAAAAACCGAGAACUUCUUUGACCUUGAUGUCGACAGUUUCAUGCCCACUGAAUUCCCUUGUAUCAGUAAAUUGGCCCCUGUAAACACCCUCCAAUCGACUGGGUCAAAUGACUGUUUUGCUGAUGCUUUUCCUGCUAAAGAGCAUGGAGCAAAUGACCAAUCCACAACAGAGACCGUAUCAGCACCCACUGUGGGCGAAAAGCAGGAUUGUGCAUUAUACGUGUCGUCUCAGGAGAGACCGGUUCUGAAGACACUGCCACAACCUCCCAACGGGUUCUCGGUUAACAACUUUUCAAAACAAACUGGAUCUUCUGUGAAUACCUCGAAGAAAGGAAGCAACAGAGACACAUUAGAUUCACGUAUAAAAGGCAAGUUGUCUUACUUCGCUUUCACUGAAGGCACUACGUUUACGGACGAGUCUUCUUCAAAUAAGGAAAUAGGAGCCUCGCAGACGGAGUUGAUUAGUGGCGCUGAAAACGACUACCUCUCACCGAAACGUGCCAAACUCAGAGCUCAGAACGAUUUUUUGAAUUUUCAAAACCUAGCUCCUGAGGGUUGGACUUUCGCCAAUAUUGACACAGAUUUCGACUUGUAG